GGUUCAUACAUUUAUAUAUUACUGAUUUGAGAACGAUCAGUUGAUAUUUGACCUCUGCGGGAGCGCGCGCGUUAUGGUCCAAAAAAUAUUAAUUCUCGCAUUUUUCGCUACCUGCCAUGGGCAGCUCGCGGACGUACUGUUCCCUCGCGUGGCCAACACCGUCCGGCAGACGGCGGGUUCCUUGACGAGUAACCCGGUGGCCAGCAGAGCUACCAACCUCGCUGGAGGCCUGCUCACCGACACCUUCAACAUCUUCACGAACGUACCGAUCACCAUCGCGCGCUCGCUGACCGGCGGAGACGGUUUUAAUGGCGUUCCCGGCCUCAUUAACGACAACAACUUGGCAGCUUUAAGCGAUAAUUUCCUCUCCGAAUUCAAUUUUGGCCUACGCAACGAGGACUGCAAUCUUAACUGCGACCAGCUUAUCGCCAAAUACGGCCAUUCAGUUGAGACACACGAAGUCCUCACCGAAGAUGGAUAUAUAUUGAAGAUGUUCAGGAUACCUAGAGAUGGACCAGUCGUGUACCUUCAACAUGGGUUGUUAGGAAGUGCCGAUGACUAUAUAGUGGCCGGUCCGGACAGUGGACUAGCUUAUCUCCUAGCAAAAGAGGGGUACGACGUCUGGUUGGGUAAUUCGCGCGGCUGCAAGCAUUCACGACGUCAUAUCGAGAUGAGUCCCUCUCAAGGCGCUUUUUGGGACUUCUCUUGGCAUGAAGUUGGCUACUACGACCUACCCGCCAUGAUCAACUACGCUCUAAAUACUACAGGACAAGAAAAGCUGAAAUACGUCGGCCACUCACAAGGGACCACUGCAUUUUGGGUGAUGGGAUCAGAACGUCCCGAAUACAUGGAAAAGAUUGCUUUAAUGGUUGCGCUGUCACCAGUCGCAUUUAUGUCUCACAUGAAGAGUCCGAUCAUAAGAUUCUUAGCUCCCACGGGUGGUAUAAUUCACGCAUUCGCAAAGACAAUUGGUCUUUAUGAAUUAGCCCCAGAUAAUAAUUUGAUGAGAGUGUUCAGAAGAAUAGCGUGCGGUGCGGGACCGUUAGCGGAAAUCAUGUGCACUAAUCUUUUGUUCCUGGUGGCUGGUUACAAUGUGGAACAGCUGAACGUGACGAACCUGCCUGUGAUCUUCAGCCACGCGCCGUCCGGUGCGUCAGCGAAGCAGUUCGCGCAUUACGGGCAAGGAGUGAUCUCUGGGCAGUUCAGGAAGUUCGACUACGGGUCAGGGGAGAACCAGGCGCGGUACGGGGUGAGCACCCCGCCCGACUACGACUUGUCGCGCGUGACGGCACCCGUGUCGCUCGUGUACAGCGACGCCGACUGGCUGUGUGACGCGCGCGACGUCGACAAGCUGUACAACAGGUUGCCCAACGCCAUCGACAUACACAAAGUACCGUCGAGGAAUUUCAACCAUUUGGAUUUUGUGUUCGCGAAGGAUGUAAAGUCAUUGAUUUUUGAGAGACUGAGUAAAUUGUUAGCGCAUUUUUGAACGUUAGCUAAUGAAAGUGAUUGCCUGUGAAUUAAUUGGUGUUUGGUGUGAUCUUGAAUUCGUACUUAAUGUGGAUUGACCAUGAUGAGGUCG